CUUGUGUCGCGCCAACUCUCCCUUCCGAAUCCUGCACCGCUCUAACCGUGUCGUGACCGAGCAACCUUCCACAUCUCGGAGCUCCCCCAUUUUUGACCGACCCUCGCAGCAAUGCACCGCAUCUUUGUCUGCAAUGGCCCGCGUUAUCGAGAUAUCGGAUGAUGACCGGACAGCAUCCUCAGUCGAGGCCAGUACCCCCGCACCAGCAGCAAAAGCCCUGCGAAAACGGAAGCCGAGCGCCGAUUUUGAGGAAAAGGUCGCCUGGACCGACGACGAGGGCGACGCCACUGACCAUGGCAUCCAGUCCAAGCGUCGGCGGGAUGCGAAGCGCCGGGCCAUCGCGAGAGGGAAGCGGCCGGCUAGGGUGAGCACUGCGGCUGGGGGCCGAUCCGCCGCCCCUGCCGGGUCAACACUCGAAGACGAAUAUGCCGACGCAUGCAUGCCCGACUACCUGCUGAAGCGGCGGAGGGCCUUCGACAGCGACCGAGAGCGCCUGAGAGAGGCCGGUCUGAAGCUGCCCCCGGACUACGGCGACAUCUACUUCUCGGACGACGAGCGUGCGGUGAGCCUCGAGGAGCGCCCCAAGUUUGAUGACAGCAGCGGCAUCCGCCCAUGUCGCCCCUACAAGGACAUCGAGCUUGAAUACUCGGCAGGCGUAAUCCCCGCGCCGAUUGCGCAGUAUCUUCGCGACUACCAGGUUGCCGGCGUCAAGUUCCUGCACCAGCGGUUCGUCUAUCAGAAGGGCUGCAUUCUAGGCGACGACAUGGGUCUGGGCAAGACCGUGCAGGUGGCUGCCUUCCUGACGGCCGCCUUUGGGAAGACAGCCGACGAGCGGGAUGCGAAGAGGAUGAGGAAGAUGCGCCGGGCCGGCGACCAGUGGUAUCCGCGCGUGCUCAUCGUCUGCCCAGGCUCGCUGAUCCAGAACUGGAAGAACGAGCUCAACCGAUGGGGCUGGUGGCACGUCGACGUCUACCACGGCCCUGGCAAGGAAGACGUGCUCCAGGCGGCCAAAUCCGGGAGGCUGGAGAUCAUGGUCACGACCUAUGUCACCUACAAGAAGAUGCGUGAGGCGGUCAAUGAAGUCGAGUGGGACUGCGUCGUUGCCGACGAGUGCCACGUCCUGAAGGACCGCAGGUCGGAGACGACACAGGCCAUGGACUGCGUGAAUGCGCUCUGCAGGAUUGGCCUGACCGGCACCGCCAUCCAGAACAAGUACGAAGAGCUCUGGACCCUCCUGAACUGGACGAACCCCGGCCAUUUUGGCACGCUUGCCGAAUGGACCCAGACCAUCACGAAACCGCUUACCGUGGGCCAGUCGCACGACGCCACCCUGAAGCAGCUCAGCAUUGCCAGGACGACAGCCAAGAAGCUCGUCCAGAAUCUGCUCCCGGACUUCUUCCUGCGGCGAGUGAAGACCCUCAUCGCCCACCAGCUGCCCCGGAAGAGCGACAAAGUCGUCUUUUGCCCCCUGACGGACAUCCAGCGUGACGCCUACCAGAACUUUUUGGAUGGCGCCCAGGUCACCUGGAUUAACUCGGCAUCCGAGCCGUGCGACUGUGAUUCGGGACGCAAGCGAGGCUGGUGUUGCUACCAGUUCUUGCCUGACGGGAGACCGUGGAAGAGUGUUGUGUUCCCGACCAUCAUGACGCUCCAGAAGAUCUCCAACCACCUUACGUUGCUGAUUCCCUCUGCCGCCGAUCCGAGCGACAAGCGGAACUCGGAGCUUAAGGCGCUCCAGACCUGCUUGCCCGAGGACUGGGAGGAGCUAUACCGGAACCGGGAAUCCUUGCUCAACUUGGCUAACCCCGAGUUCUGCGGCAAGUGGAAGAUACUGAGAAAGCUGCUGCGCUUCUGGCACGAGAACGGAGACAAGGUCCUCGUCUUCUCGCACAGCGUCCGCCUUCUGCGCAUCCUCCAGCACCUGUUCCACAACACGAGCUACAACGUGAGCUUUCUCGACGGGUCUCUGAGUUACGAAGACCGCCAGCGAGUUGUCGACGACUUCAACUCGGAUCCCGCCCAGUUCGUGUUCCUCAUCUCCACCAGGGCCGGCGGCGUGGGACUCAACAUCACGUCAGCCAACAAGGUGGUCAUCUUCGAUCCGCACUGGAAUCCCUCGUACGAUCUGCAGGCGCAGGACCGCGCGUACAGGAUCGGCCAGGUCCGGGACGUCGACGUGUUCCGCCUCGUCUCCGCCGGGACGAUCGAGGAGAUCGUCUACGCCCGCCAGAUCUACAAGCAGCAGCAAGCCAACAUAGGCUACAAUGCGUCCAACGAGCGUCGCUACUUCAAGGGCGUGCAGCGCGACAGCAACCGGAAGGGCGAGAUCUUCGGCCUCAGCAAUCUGUUCACCUUUCACGCCGACCAGGUCGUCCUGCGCGACAUCGUCAACAAGACCAACAUCGCCGAGGCCAAGGCCGGCGUCCACCUCAGCGACAUCGACCUGGAGAAGAUGGCCAAGGACGAGGACGACGACCUGAACUACAUCAAGCAGGAAGACGACGACGACGAGGGCGGCGGCAUGAGCCAGCUGGCCAAGCUCCUGACGGCCGAGAACCAGGAGGAGCUCAUCCGGGCGCGGAAAGCCAACAAGCCAAAGAGCGACGCCAUCGCCGCCAUCCUCGCCUCCGCCGGCGUCGAGUACACGCACGAGAACUCGGAGGUGAUCGGCACCAGCCGCGUCGAGGCGCAGCUCUCGCGCCGCGCCGAGCUGGCGGCCGCCCGCGGCGCCGUCGCCGACAGCCAGGACCCAGAGGGCAACAGCGCCCUGUUCGCCGACAGCCAGGCUAACAGCGUGGCUCCCGCGAGCGCGGCCGCCGCGGCGCGGAACCCCUGGCGGAUGCACUACCGGUUCAACCCGCCCGCGGACGUCCGGCGCCGCCAGUUCUGCUCCAUGGCCAGGGAGUUUGGGUUCCCCAACGCCACCGACUUCGCGCUCGUCGUCGAGAGCUGGACGCAGGAGCAGCGGCGCAACUGCCUGGAUACGUUCUACCGGCUGCGGGAGGUCAGGGUGCUGGAACGGGAGCUGGCGGCGCUGAAAGGGGAGGAGGCGGAGGAGGGGGGUGCUACUGCCACCGCCGCGGCUUCUCCUGCUGGCAGUAAUGGGAAGGCAGAUAGUGUAUCUGGAACGGUCGCGGUGAAGAGUGAGGGGUGUGCGGUUGACGGGGCUGUCGCCAGGAGUGAGAGCGGCAGUGCUACGAUCAAGGAGGAGGAUACCGGCGCUUCUGGCCCGCAGCUGCGAGUCAAGACGGAGAAGAAGGCGGAGACCAAGAGGGUGUCCACGAUAUUCCUGUCUGACGAUGACGAGGAUGACGAGCUUUGACUACGUUUAGUUUGAUACCAUUGCAUUUUGAGAUACCCUGGGAUUUGGAACUUCGAUCUACUAAGGGUCAACUAGGUAAUAGAAAUAGAAUUAACGAAUCCCAGAUUGGCGUAUCUAUUUGAUUGGGACGGUGCAGAGAGC